CUCAUGUGAGGAAGGAGAGUAGGAUCUAGCCUUCAGGCUCAUUUGAGGAGGCUUUCUGUGAAUAUUCCUGGGUUUUACACUCAUCUCAGUCCUAUCCGAAGAUGGGAAACUGAGGCACAGAGACAUUGAAGUGACUAGCCAGGAAGUCUGGACACUUCCAGGAAUCAAGCUCAAACCUUGUCCCAAAUCCAAUGCCUUACUUCCAAGACCUGUUUCCCCCGAAUAAGAGUGAGGAAAUUCACAGUGAGAGUAAAAUACUGAACUGUGUUGUACAGGUCAGAUUCCUCUCUGAAUGAUGGUAAUGUGAACCAAGAGAUGAGUCCUUCGAAAUCAAUCAAGUUACAGUUGGGUGACAGGAAAACCCCUAGACAAGGUUGAACACAACAACAAAGUGGACAAGGCCUGGAAGAUAUUUAGUGGAAGACACAGCAUUUGCCAGCAGACAGUUCAUAGUGUUGUUUUCAAGACGGAAUAAAGAUCUGACUGCAGAUUUACGAGCAUGGCCACCCAGAACUACUCGGAUAACCUGGAUUAUUAUAUGGGUUCUAGUUCUGUGUUGCCUCCGUACAACAACUCAUUUAACCACACAGACCUCAUCUGUGAAAAAAGUCAUGCCCGGCAAUUUGCUCAAACUUUCCUGCCAGCAUUUUUCAGCAUUGUAUUCUGCAUCGGCACAGUGGGUAAUGUCUCAGUCAUCCUCGUGUACUGGACAUACAGAUACAGGAAGAGCAUCACCGACAGAUACCUGCUGCACCUGGCCAUUGCUGAUCAGCUCCUCGUUUUCACUCUCCCUUUCUGGGCAAAAGCAGCUUUAUAUGGCUGGAUCUUUAACAAUGUCAUGUGUAAAAUUCUCAAUAGCAUGUACAAGAUCAACUUCUACAGCUGUAUGUUAUUUCUAACAUCCAUUAGUUUUGACAGGUACAUUACAAUUGUCCAUGCCUUGAAAGCUAAGAACUCUAAGCGAAAAAGGCUUCUGCGCAGUAAACUAGUUUGCUUUGGUGUUUGGCUGAUUGCAAUAGGCUUAUGCAUCCCAGAAAUAGUAUACAGUGAAUCUAAGCAAGUUAGUAAUACAACUACCUGCAAGAUGGUGUACCCUACCACAGUGACCCGAACCACCAAAGUUACUGUCCUAGCUUUGAAAAUCACAAUAGGAUUCCUCCUUCCUCUCCUCGUCAUGGUUACUUGUUAUGCUUUUAUAAUUCAUACCCUCCUUCAAGCCAAAAGAUCCCAAAAGCACAAAUCAUUAAAGAUCAUCAUUGUUAUUAUCACAGCUUUCCUCCUCUCCCAGUUGCCCUACAACAGCAUUUUGCUGGUCAAAAUCAUCGACACUUACACCAGGGUUAUAUAUGACUGCAAAACCUCUGACAACAUUGACCUCGGAUUCCAGAUAACUCAGAGCAUCGCCUUCCUUCACAGCUGCCUGAACCCCUUCCUCUACAUGUUUGUUGGGGAGAGAUUCCGUAAAGCCCUCUUUAAAACUCUGGGGGAUCUAAUUCACUGCACUGGUAAGAGCCGAGAACAGAGCUCUUCCGUAUAUGAUAGCCAAGAAGGGAGUUCAAAAUGGUCUGCAUUGCUGGGGCCAUCAAAAAACAGGAGCUCUCUCACUUCGAGUAUGCACCGAAAUUCCUCACUCACACCCAACUUCGGCCAAGCUCCUUUCACAGUUAAUGGGAGUCUGGCUGGAGCAAGGAGUACUGAAUGCAGUGCUCUGUAAGAGAUUCUU